GGAAGCCGCUAGGCCGUGAAGCUUUCCGUGUUUUGGAGCUAAAAUAAAGGACUUGUCUUAGCAAUGAGUUGCCGUAACAAUUUGCAGUUUUAUUGUAUUCCAAAGGAUAUUAACCGAAGAAGGGUUUGGUAGAAGAGAAUUCGUAGGAAGAACUUCUCGCCGACUGACAACACGCGGCUCUGCUCAGUGCAUUUCUUUGGAGGUCAGAAAUCUGAUGAAAUAGACAGUGUGUCCUACAGUCCUUCCAUUUUCAAAUACAGCCAUGUGAAACGAAAGCUUACAAGGUCAACAAAAAACAGCUUAGCGACGACCAGAGUGUCAAAGGCACUCCCACAUGACCGAAGGAAAGGUCGAAAACUGCAAGCUGAAACUGCAAAAGGGCGUCCUAAACCAGAGGUUUGUAGUCCAGAAAACCCUAAAGUGUGGAGUCAGUGUUUACCAGCAGACAACCCAUUAAAAGAGCAUGAUUAUUGCAAGGGGCAGGUAGAUUUGCAGUCAAUGAACACAGAACAAUCCAUAGUCAAUGAACUGCUAGAACUGUACUGCAGAGUAAAAGAACUUGAUGAGGAAAAACGAAAAUCUCCGUUCAAAAUGCCUUCUCUUAGAACAAGUAAGGCUAGACGACAGCAAAUUCCAAUUUUGAACUGGGUUCCCCAGCUAUGAAACCUUCGCAGCUUUGUUGUAACUACCUGGAAGGUGUUGGAGCUAUAGGAAGAAUGAGACAAUGGAGAGGUAGUAAAAUGUUUUCAAAGAAUCCUUAUCCAAAGAAAGCAGCUAGAAUUGCCAAGCUGACUCCAGAAGAACUAUUCAUGGUUCUUGAACGAUUAAGGGUAGGACUGACCAUAACUGACUUGUCGUUACGAUUUGGAAUAAGCGAGUCUAGUCUCACUACGAUCUUUACCUCAUGGAUUAAUGUGCUGUUCUUUCAUUUAAAAGAUUUGUGUGAAAUGGAUGGAAAGGCAAAGCAGUUUUCCAAAUUCCCAUGCUUGAAAGUAAUCAUUGAUUGUACAGAAAUUUUUACUCAAAAGCCUUCGUGCCUACAAGCCAACAAAGAUAUAUACUCCAAAGGUCACACAACCUUUGAUUUCCUUGUUAGAAUAGACCCCCAUGGGGCUAUUGUGUGUCUCACAAGCUGGGGUGGAAGGACAUCUCACAAACAUAUCACUGCCAACUCCCCUGGCUUAACUACAAAAUUGAACAGGGGUGAUGAGCUUAUGGCAGACCGAGGAUUUGCUGUACAUGACCCGUUUGCUGAUAUGGGCGUGAAAGUGACCACUCCAGAUUUCAAAAGGGAAGGAAGAUCUCAACGAAACAAAAUGGAAGGAAAAUUAUCAGAAAAAAUUGCAGAGGCAAGAAUUCAUGUUGAAAGGGCAAUUCAACAAAUUAAAUCAUUUCACAUUUUAGACGAUGAAGUCCACUUAUGCAUGGCUCAUUUGGCUGAGUAAAUAUUCAGUCUGUUCCUACUUGAUUAAUUUUCAAAGCCCAAUUUUACAGCAAUAACAUGAUUAUUGGGUUGUGCCUUUAUCCACUGAACAAAAACUAUUAGUUUAAAUAGAGCAUGAGAAUAGUCUAUCCACACGAGAAAAGUUAAAAUUCCAAAGAGAGGGGGGUUGAGAAGUUUUUGUUUUCCUCAGGCAUUUUUUUAAAGAGAGUUGGUUUUUUAGAACAACCCUUCCUCCACUUACUCUAAGAUGAAACACGAAUCGCCAAGUAGAGGUA